UCGGCUGGCUUCCAGUCACACAUCCCUCACAGUUGUCAGGUCCACUCAGCGUGACCAAGGUCAACUCGUUGCUCGGGGGUUUUGGCAGUUUCAACGAAUCAGGCACGAGGCAUUUCUCCCACAUGAGCACGUAGUCGUGAUGUCCAGAGUAUAAGAACUGGAGGGGGAUGGUCCACGAUCAGUCAGUACUUCUCGUAGCACCUCCUAUUUUUUAGCCUGAAUUUUGUGGCAAUCCUUCCCGAGGGGUUUGUUGGUGAAUCAGGGUAUGUGUGUUUCGACGAUCUUGUAUUGACUGUUUGGAUUGAGGGUCCCGUAUGCACCUACUUCUGAGGGUAUUACUAUUUGUGAUGUGAGUGUUCGGCAGUUGAAAUCGGAUCCGUCAUCUUUGAUUCUGGUGUUGAAAUUAGAUUCGAUCUCGAGGGGUUAUUGAGGAUUGGGUAGCCCCGCUGUUCAGCAAUUGUUGUGAAAGUAAGCAGAAAGGACUUGAUUAUGGAUUCUAGGACAGGAUUCGCGAUGAACCGGAAAGCAGCGGGAUUCAAUCUGAACCUCUCACCUGAUCUGGUGCAAGAGCUAACAGAUUCAUUCAAGUUUUUUGACCGGAAUGGCGAUGGCAAAAUCUCCAAGGAGGAGCUGGGAACGGUCGUGCGCUCACUUGGGCAGAAGGUGAACGACGCAGAAUUGGCGAGGCUGAUUAGUGACGUAGACUCGAAUGGUGAUGGCUACAUCGACCUCCAGGAAUUCAUUGACUUAAACGCGAGAGCCAUUGCCGAGUGCCCAAUGGGUAUGGACACAAACAUGGAAAUUCACCAAUACGGGCCAGGAGAUAGUAUGCACGCAGCUAUGGUGUCCGCGUUCAACGUGUUCGACGUUGACAGAAAUGGUUACAUAUCAGCUGAAGAGCUUCAUCGCGUCCUCGUGGGAUUUGGUGACGAGAAAGUUUCGUUGGAGGACUGUCGGUCUAUGAUCGAGUGCGUGGACGAGGACGGUGAUCAGAUGGUCAAUUUCAGAGAAUUCGAGGCUCUCAUGGGCGGCACAAGCACUUGUGUCUACUGACAAGGGACUAGUCCGAGAAACGUUCAAUUUUUCACAGCCUUGCCUCCUCCGAAUUAGCAUCUACACCGUUUGUAGCUAGAAUCAAAGCCAAAGUUUUCGAAAGAGUUGGAUGUGAAGGCAACAGUGAAACAUAUACAUUGGAAAUUAAUUCAUUGGCAAGACCUCUGAUAUAGGUGAAAGUCGUAGGUACACAGAGAAGAGAUAGUUGAUGCCUCCUUUGGAGGUGCUGCUGCGGCAAAAACUCAUGACUACAAGAAUUGUACAUUGGACUUUAAAGACAUUAGAAAUGACAUAACAACUCAAAACGAGAUUGUUAACAUCGUCAAUCCA